AUGGUAUCCAAAUUUGCAAAAGUUUGCAAAUUGAGAUCCAUUGGUGUCUUCUCCAAUGACCACCACUAUCAACACAACCUCAUUGGCAACAAUGAUGGCUCAUCGAUGGGUGAAGAUAGUAGUGAUGCCACUGAGGAAACAGAAUUUGAUGGCGAGAAAAUCCAUCCUCAACCUGUUGUAGUUCCAAGCAAAAGCAACAUGUAUGGUGACAAGGAUAUUGUAAAGUUGUUUGACACGGUUUCUGCCUUGAAACUAGCUUAUGUUCAGCUUCAGGAAGCACAUGUUCCCUAUGAUCCGGAUAAGAUUGUGUCUGCUGAUGAACUUGUCGUGGCUCAGCUUGAAGCACUUUGUAAGUCCAAGAAGGUAUUUAAGGAGAAGCAAUUUUCAAAAACCAAGCUUGACUCCUCAAGGUUUGCCUCUCUGCGAUCAGAAACUGAUGUUAUCGAGAAGCUUUUAGAGAAACUGAAGUCCCAAGAUAGAGAUAAAGAUGCUGAGAUUGUACGCCUGCGACAAGAACUCCUUGAUUUGGAUGCGGGGAAUGCAGUAUUGGUUGAGAAGAUUAGGGAGAAAAGUUUGGAGAGAAGGAAUGUGGCGAUUUUGAAUGUUGCCAUGUUUGAGGAUACGUUCAAACGAGCUUCGAAGGCCAUUCAUGACUUUGCGAGGCCAAUAAUUAGCUUGAUGCAAGCUUCAGGAUGGGACUUGCACCUGGCAGCGAAUUCGAUUGAAAAUGGGGUUCUUUAUGCUAAAAGAUCAGAUAAGAAGUACGCAUUUGAAGCCUACAUUGCACGAAGAAUGUUUAAUGGGAUGACACUUGGAUCCUAUGAUGUGGAUGAUGUUUUACGGUUUGAUGAUCCUAUUGAUUCUCUGAUAGCUAAUCCAAAUCCAGGAUUUGGCAAUUUCUGUGGGGAAAAGUACAUGCUUGUUGUUCAUCCCAUGAUGGAGAUGUCUUUCUUUCGGAAUUUAGACCAGAGGAUGUUCAUAUUGAGUGGCAAGCAUCCAAGGACUCCAUUCUAUCAAAUAUUUGCAAGAAUGGCAAAGUGGAUUUGGAUUCUUCAAGGAAUCGCGACCUCAAUUGAUCCCAAUGCACAAAUAUUUUCUGUGCAUAGGGGAAGCAAAUUCUCAGAUGUUUACAUGGAACCUGUUCAAGAGAACAAGGAAGGUGUGAUUGUGUCCGAGGGAGAACAAUCUAACUUCAAAGUUGAGUUUAUGGUCAUGCCUGGGUUCAGAAUUGGAAGCACAUUUGUGAAGUCUCGGGUUUAUCUUUCAGAAACGAAACAGCCUGCCGGAACAUAA